AUGAAAGUUGCUUUAAAAAGGUUAAACGGAUCGGAAACUAUUACAGAUGAAAAUUUAAAUGAGAUUAAAAUGCAUUGGGAACUUUAUUCAAGGAAUAAUUCAUUCUUAGAAUUUUAUGGAAUAUCAAAGGAUCCAGAAACUAAAGAAUUUUUUGUGGUUAUACAAUUUGCAAAUCAAAGAAAUUUGAGAUAUGUUCUUUCAAAUCAUUUUAGCACAAUUUCAUGGAAAGAAAAGAUUAAUUAUUUAUAUGGAUUAGCAAUUGAUCUUAAAAAUUUACAUGAAUUUGGUUAUUAUCAUAAAAAUGUUCAUAGCGGAAAUAUAUUACAAGAUGAUGGUGAUUCUUAUUUAUCAAAUUUUGAAUAUUCUGAACCAUCAAAUAAGCAAGAAUCAGAUAAUAAAAUUUGUGGUGUAUUAUCUUAUAUUGCUCCAGAAGUUUUAAUUGGUGAAUCUUAUACAUUAUCUUCAGAUAUUUAUAGUUUUGGCGUAAUUAUGGCAGAAAUAUCAUCUGGUAAACCACCUUUUUAUAAAAGAAGACAUGAUGCUAACUUAGCAUCAGAAAUAUGUAAUGGAAUCAGACCAGAAUUUGGAAGAGGAACUCCUGAAGUUUAUAAAAAAUUAGCUUAUAAAUGUAUGAAUGCAAAUUCAAAUCAAAGACCAACAGCUAAUGAAUUACAUGAAUUAUUAUAUUUUUGGAGGGAUUCUAUUAAUUUUUAUGAUAAAAAAUAUCCAGUAGUAGAAAAAUUCGGUUAUAAAGAAAAAGAAAUUAAUUCCAUAUUUAAACAAGCUAAUAGUGUAAAAUUAACUAACACAAAUGCAUAUGAGAAAGUUCCUGAUGUUUUAUAUAAUAGUAGAGUUUUUACGUUUAAUAAUUUACCAAAACCUAUUAAUUCAUCUAUUAUUAUUACAUAUUUAAAUGAUGAUGAAAAUAAAGAUUAA